AGGACAUCGGCUCCCGGGCGCUGGAUGGGGAUAGGCCCCCUCCUCGCACACCAGGUUCCCCAGGCCUUCCGCGGUCGCGGCCCGCCUGCGGUGGGCGACGACGACGGCGCCCGCCCUGAUGAUGCGCCCACGGCUGCCAAGUCUCGUCGCCCGCAGGCGUCGGCGUCGGCAUCGACGACGACGCCGACGCCGACGACGGCGACCACGGCAUCGACGAGGAGGAAGGAUCGUCUCGCAGUCGUCGCUGCUACCCGCCGUGGCCAGUGAAGGCCACGACACCGCCCUGCGACGCCUCCGCGCGCGGGCAGAGACCUCCUCCGUGCCCUCCCGCGGCCGCUUCGGCGCAGAAGCCAGAGGCAGAGCCGGUAAGGGGGCCUGUCCCGAGACCCGGCCCUGGCCGCAAGACUCCCAAACGCAAACGCGAGAGCUUCGCGCGAGCACCAGCUGCCCGCGCCCGUCCCUCUCAACAUGGACAAGUACCGCAAGGUCGACAAGCCUAAGAGCGCCGAGGUCGCUGCCGAGGACGAGAUCCGCGUCACGGCGGCGGGCAGCGUCUCUGCAUACGUAUCCCGCGCAGCCAAGGUUUUCAACGAGCUGGAGAAGCCCAGGGUGGUCAUCAAGGCCACGGGCGGAGCGCUGACCAAGGCGGUCACCCUGACGGAGGUCAUCAAGCGGCGCUUCAAGGGCCUCCACCAGAUCACGACCCUCGGCAGCGUGGAAAUUGUGGAUGAGUACGAGCCUCUCGAGGAGGGGCUCGAAAUGGUUACUGACACCCGCACCGUCGCGGUGCUUGACGUCGUGCUCUCGAAGGAGCCAUUGGACAGCUCUGACAAGUGUUACCAGCCGCCCAUCGAUGAGGCAUUGGUUACGGAUUUCGACCCGGAGCAGGUGGGCAAGGGCCGCGGCAAGGGACGUGGCAAGGGCAAGGGCAAGGGAGAGAAGGGCAAGGGAAAGAGCAAGGGCAAGGAAGAGAAGGGCAAGGGUAAAGGCAAGGGUAAGGACAAAGGCAAGGAGUCGUCCGAGCCGAAGGGCAAGGGCAAGGGUAAGGACAAGGGCAAGGAUUCGUCCGAGUCGAAGGGUAAGAGCAAGGGUAAGGCGAAGGGCAAGGACGAGACAUCAAAAGGCAAAGGCAAGUCCACAUACGAAUCGGGCAAGUCGAAGUCGAAGGGCUACGGCAAGUACGAUUCCUACGGCUACGACAGCUACGAUUCGUACGGCUAUGGGAAGAGCAGCAGCAAGGGCAAGACGGGGAAGAGCUCCGGCUACGGCGGCUACGACUCGUACAACAGCUGGGGGGGAUCAAGCUACGGCGGAGGGUACGGUGGUGGAGGCUAUGGCUCGAAAGGAAGCAGCUACGGCUACGGCUCCAAGGGCGGCGGCUACGGCGACAGCUAUGGCAAGUCUGGCAGCUACGGCUCCAAGGGCGGCGGCUACGGCGACAGCUAUGGCAAAUCCAGUGGCAAGGGCAAGAGCAAGUCCAGUGGCUACGGCUACGGCUACAGCUACUGAGCACCCAAUGUAGUCGCAUCUCAGCGCAUACUUUGCCACGGAGCGCUGCCCCGAGCCGGGCGCCGCCGCGGCGGCGCGGUGCCCGCGCGGGCCCCUGCAUAAGCCAGGCGCCGCCGCGGCCGGCGCCCCGCAGCAGCCACGGGGCAACGGCAGAAUGUCGUGGGGCGCCCUUUAGGACCGCGCGACCAAGGUCGAUCGCGGGUGGGUCGCGGCUCGCUCUUGCGCGCGGGCCCAAGCUGAGGCGGCGGCGUCGGCGGCGACGCCGCCUACGCCGCGGUUGACCCCCGCGCCACCGCCGCCGAUGACGACAAAUGAAGAGCCUGAGAGACACUGCUGGAAGGAGGAACGAGCAGGCCACACACAACCCCCGAUCGAGCACUGAGCCCCGGUCCGCGGAGUCACCUCUUCUUGUGCGUCGCGUGCCUCGUGCCCCUGCGCCUUUCUGUUGCUGGCUCGCCUCCUUUUUGCCGUUCCAGCGGCCCAAUGCCAUGGCUUUCUGUUGGAGGCAGCACGCGGUGCCGAGAGAUAAGACGCCCUCCCUCCGCUUCUCUGUCGCACGCUGCGGCGCAGCAGGGCCGCGGUGAUCCUGUA